AUGGGGAUGCGUGAAUCAUACUUUUGGUGCCUUGUAGUACUGAUAAUAUGUAUUGGUUUUACAUCGGUUCAAGCGGGUGAAGUUUCAGCACGAUCCCUGCAAGAAAGCACCAAUUGUCAAUCACAGCAAAGCAUUCAGUAUUAUUCCAUCCCACCCUUUGCGGUACAAUUUACCACCUUGGACGUGAACGAAAUACCUGCCGUCAGCAAUGUCGUAAUUAGCGAAACGGAUGCCAAGGCAUCAUCACUCACGUAUCCAUUGAAAGUUCUCACGGAAGAAUUUAUCGUUUCUAAAUUUCGAGAACGCAUCAAUUCAAUGAAUUUGUCGUCGUCGUCGUCAUCACAACAAAUGUACCAUGACUAUUAUCGACAAUUGACCGAAGUGGAAUUGCGUGUCAUCCUAAAACACAACCCCAAAGUUACGGACAUUGCGGGCCAUGUGGCAUUGAUUGCAACUUUGCAUGGGACGUUGCACUUUUCCCAUUCCAGCGGAUGCGGAGGUACCACGCUGGUGCCAUCCCAAGACGAUAUCACCAUUACGUUUGGAGCUUGGCUAGAGUCCAUUUUGGAAACGAAUCGGAAUGAAUAUUUGCAGCGCCUGCUUGCGAGCAACCAAGAAAUGCUCAAGGAAAUUGUUGAUUUUCAGCUCGUCCCAAAUUAUUUUCAGGAUGGAACUGGUGGAGAAUCCUGGCUCAUGGCCGUGUGGGUGGUCCUUGCCAUUUUGGGACUAUGCGGUCUCGGUGCUGCUUUGGUCUGGAUGAUGCGGGGCAAACCACCCAUGAAAAGUUUUGUUGGAGGAUCUCCGUAUGAUCCAAAUCAUCAUUCCCCUGCUUAUACAGACGAUGACGUUGAUUCGCUUCGUCUCAGCAGCCAAUUGGAUUCGAAGCAACAUGGAAUGAACGAAUCCGCACAUCGCCGGCACUCGUUGGAUAUACUGAACAAGAGCGAAGAAUACCUUACCAAACAUCGGCCCGAUUGGACCGAAGGCGGAGGGCACCCGCAAGGCAAUUUCACCAAGCCAUUUGGAAACAUCAUGUCGCUUUUUGACCUUUCCACGAGUGACGGAAGCAAUCAUAGUGUGACAAAUACACCAGAAAAGACACCACGCGGUCGCCGGUCCUUUGCCACAAGACAACGAUCUAGCAUUGAACUACAAGCGGGCAACAUUGCAGCAGCCAAUUCGGAAGAUCCGUCUCCGUUUGAUGAUGUCAACUUGAAUCAAUCGAAUCACGAGGCGUAUUCUCCAGGCGGCCGGAGUCACGAGGAGGAAAUUAUGAUGGCAGCGGCGGCUCAAAGUUCAGCGUACCGUCCCAUUUCUAGUAUAUGGAGAAGUGUGACCAGUGCUUUUCAAGGUUCUUCGUCGUACAAUGAGAAUGAUGGUAUUAUGACAAAUGCAAAUUUCUUUUACGAUGGCAACGAAGACGAAUACUUUGCCAAGUUGGAAGAAGAUCGCCUGCAAGAAGAGCAAUGGUUGACAUUUUUGAAGGAGGAAGAGCAGAACUACAACUUUGCGUUCAAGGACUUUCCUCGGAAGGAUGGAACGCCUUGCCUCAUGUACGAUGGAUCGAACGAAAACGAGGCAGAUGCUAUUUUCAACGCUCCAUUACCCAAGGAAUCGACGACUGGCGAAGAAGAAGAAAGUGACAUUUUCAACGCACGAGAGGUUCUUUCCGAUGAAGCAUUCCGACAGCUCCUCCAUAUGAAUGUUUCUCCGAGCUUUGAGGAAACUCUGGAGUCACCAUCACCGGCUCUACCGGUAACCUACAAAUCUCCGGAAUUCAAUGAGCGCCUGUCGUCCCUUUUUGCUGAAAAGCACCGGCAAUACGAGAAACGAUCCAUUGUGGAACGCCAUCAACAGAAACGAAAGAAAGAACGAGAAAUGGAGCGAAGAGAACGACAAAAAGAUAUGCAUCGUGAACUAGAGGCACUGGAAGCUGGAAUGGCCAUGUCAGACAAGUGGCGGGCCAAGCAUCAUGUGUCUCCAAGACCAUACGAUCUAUCUCCAGCCCGACCUUCCUAUUCUCCCAACAUUCACGUGAGAAAGAGCCCUGCAAGGAGGUCCCCGGUGCCACCUUCUGGUGGUCGACGAUCACCCGUCCCCCCUCCUGGUGCUCGGCGCUCACCGGUUCCCCCAAUGUUCCCAAUGACGCAUAGCAUUCCUCCCAGGCAUGUUGCUUCGAAAUCCAUUGACACGCUUGAUAGCGACUCUUCCCUCCAGCUGAUUCGUCCUCGCAUGUCCCGCCCACCUUCUGCUGCACCGCCCAGUGAACUCUUUUUGACGGACUCUCAUCGCUAUCACGAACCUUUGACUACCGACUUGGAUCCAUCCAGCUUGGACAAGUUGAGCAUGCCAGCAAUGAGCAAGAACCCUAAGCACCCAUCGCCAUCUUCAGUACUGGACGAUCUCAGCCAAAUCCCUCCUACGAGCGGCAGCCUGAUUCCUCCGCGCAAUCCAGCAGCAAUCCAUCGGCGGAAUAAUUCGAUUGAAAACCCACAAUAUACUACCCCUGGUACUGGCCAAAGGAAAACUAUUGCAUCCAUGACGCCCCCUCGACGAGCGGCUUCUCCUCGUUUUGGUACUCGAGGUAUGUCUCCUAUUCGACAUAGUACGGGCACUCGAGGCGUAUCUCCAGCCAGAAGUGUUACUCGAGGAGUUUCUCCAGCAAGAAGUGUGAACUCCACAACACGUGGGAUGUCUCCAGCCCGACAUGGUGCUGCCUCACCAUCUAGCAGAGGCCGACGACCUGCACGAGGCCCGUCCCCCAAGCCAGGUCCCCGUAGUGCAUCCAAUUCUAGCCGUCAUAGUCGGGAUGGGGGUGUCUUUGACCAUGGGAUUGCGGCUCUGAUUUAG